GCGUAACAUGGAAGAAGGGGAAUUCCUAACGGUUGACAUGAACUUCUUUAUAUACGAUACUUCAUCCCUUUUUCCGCUUGCUUUUGCGGAGGGAUGUCAAGGAUUUUUUCAUCUUCCGGAAGUUACAAAGCAGAGCCAGUUAUAUUUAUGUGAACCAUCCGUUCGUGCGCAGGCUAUGCAGGAUGGCUGGAUUGUCAAAUCUUCAUCGCCAUUGGUUGAAGUUCGUCGAAACGGGGAAAUGGGGCAAACCGCUUAUGCAGCCGCAAAUAUUGCCUUGGGUGAAGUGCUGUUUCACAGCACGGGGCUUGUUGUACCGUUUCCUACAAUGUACACCAUCUGUGUCGGAGAGAAUAAACAUCUUUUGUUUGGAGAUGCCGCCGAAUGUAUUGCCCACCACUGUGACCCCAAUUUACAAGUGGUGGUACACGAGGAAAAUGGAACGUUUGAUUUUGUGGCGCUUCGAUCCAUUACGGUAGGAGAGAUGCUGAAUUUUAACUACUGUACCACCGAAUGGACUAUGAAUUCGCCUUUUGUGUGCCUCUGUGAGUCUGUUCAUUGUGCGGGCACUAUACGUGGUUUUUUACACCUGAAAGAAACGGACCGCCAGCGUCUCUGGCCAAUCACAAGCCCCGUGGUCAAACGGUACGCGAGCAGAGAAAGUUAUUGA